AUGUACACAAGGCUAAAGAUUUACACUGAUGUUGAAAGUGCAACUCAACAGCAGCAUUAUAUGUUUGAACGGAACAGAAAAGCAGAACUACUACAGCCUCCUGAGCAGAAGCUUCUGCAGUGUGAACAAAAGGCAAAGAUGCACAGUAGCUGUCAUGAAUAUAACUAGGCCCUCUCGGAGCUCAUGAGGUGUAUAGCUCUGGCAAGAAUUUGCUAUGGAGGCCAUCACUGGAAAAUGGCAGAAGCUCAUGUUAAUUUGGCUGAGGGAUACCACCAGCUUAAAGGAUUUUCACUACAAGCACAGCAACAUGCAGAAAAAGCCAAAGAAAUUCUUCUUGCCAGCUCACCUAUCCCUUCUUCUGAUUCUGAACAAAGAAUGGACAUUCUUAAGUGCUCAGUUGCCAUUUUUCAUACAUUAGGAAGAUCAUUAACUGCUCUUCACAAAUAUCCUUUCUCAGUUUUAUUUGUUACUUCCCUUCAAUCUUCUUUUGAAGGAGAUAAAUUGAUCCCAGGCACUUUUGUGUGUAUUUUGCAUGAGACAUUAAAACUGAAGCCCUGUCUUCUCUAUAUGGACAUUAAAGAUCCUAUGCACUUUUUAUUAUACCAGUGUCAGAAAAGAUCAGAAGAUGCUAUUCUCUGCUAUCAAAAAGCUCUGAGCUAUAUUGAGAAGUGUAAGGGUGAAACCAGUCUGGAAUGUAUUCCUGUACACAAGAAAAUGGCAGGAGUAGCACAGGUUCUUGGGGAUCAUGCAACAGCAAUCCAGCAUCUUGUAAAGAGUCAUUUCAUUGCCCUGAGAAAAAGCCCUUCUUCAGGGGAAGCAGCAGAAACUGCUCACUUGUUGGCACAGGCUGCAGUUGCCUCUAAACAAUCAGAGCACAAGGAUCUGGCUGAGAAGUAUUUUCAAGAGAGCAUAAAUGCUUUUCAAGAAGCUGAAGGGAUGGAGAGUACUAAAUGCCUUGGAGCUGUGGAUGAUUUCUGUCAGUUUCUUAUAGCCACUGGACAGCAGGAGAGAGCAGCAAUAAUGCUGAAAGGAUCAUUAGAAGCUAAAAUAUCCCUAUGUGGGGAUCUCAGCCCGGAAGAAGCAGAGACAUACUGGCUCCUAGGAGGAACAGAACUGGCACAAGGACACACACAUUUGGCAUACAAGAAACUUAAGAAGUGCCUGUACCUUCAGACCCUCUUAUAUGGCACCCACAACAAAAGGACUAUAGCAACCCAGGAGGCCAUUGACUUGUCAAAGGCCCCAGAUGUAGCAGCAAAACAGAGACGAUCAGAUAAAAAAGACCACCAUACUGUACUAUUGUGCAACAGUACUCCAUAGUGGGAAGGUCCAAAGCCAAUAUAUAUAUAUGACAGGUUUCUCAUGUUUACUUCUGAAGACUGAACCUGUAUCUGCAAGUGUCUGUCAUGCAGAACUGAAAUUCGUUAUUGGAUUAAAUACUGAAUGUAAAGCAAACUUUCGUGGGGAUAGAUUACUUACCUUA